CUGAUUUGCCCGUGUUUAGGGCGUGUGCAGGGCGCAAGCUGUGCGCCCGCACACACUCCCACUUCAUUUGAUUUGCUAGCAUGUCCGCUAGCUAUCAUGGGAUUGGCAGGACCGUGACCGGGAGCAGAGGUCAGUGGGCGGAUCGUCACAUGACUUCCGGCGGCAUCUCUCUGUAGCGUGUGAGGAGCGGCGCCAAGAAGGUAUUGAAUUGAUCAUUGUCAUGAAGGAAAAUUCAGUUUUAUCACUGAAACAAUUGCCCUUUACAAGGCGUCCUGAUGAAGAGAAAAAAAGGAUAAAGGAGCUUGAACCAGAUCGACCCAACUUGCAGAUUAAUCAGCAGUCGAGUGAUCGUGGUAGAGUUUACACUCGAAGCUUUUCCCCCGCAAAUUAUCAGACACGGAGUUGGUUAGCUGGAUGUGACGUGAGUCAUGCCUUUUAUUGUUUUCCCUGUUUGCUAUUUGAAAGUUCUGGCACUGACAAGUGGACAAAAACAGGGGUUUCUGACUUGAAGCAUCUCAGUGAAAAGUGCAAGCGGCAUGAAAGUACCCGAAGUCAUCUUGACAACGCUCUGAAGCUCCAGUUUUUUGGGAAGCGUAGCAUUGUUGAACAGCUAGAUGCAAGCUACAGAAUUGGAAUUAGAAGGCACAAUGAAGAGGUCACAAAAAAUCGGCACAUCCUGUCUAGAAUUAUAGACUGUGUAAAAUUUUGUGGUGCAUUUGAGCUAGCUUUGCGUGGCCAUGACGAGAGCGAGAGAUCGGAGAAUCCCGGGAUAUUCCGUGGCUUGGUCGAUUUUGUUGCUUCGCUUGAUGGAGUUUUGAAAGAGCACCUCGAGAAUGCCACUGUGUUUAAGGGAACUUCCAAAACUGUGCAGAACGAGCUGUUGGACUGUAUGUUGUCCGUUGUGAAGGAGCACAUUAUGCAAGAAGCACGGAGCAGCAAUUUUCUCUCAAUCCAGGCCGACGAAACCACCGAUAUUGCCACUCAUUGCCAACUUGUGCUUGUACUGCGCUACAUCGAUGCCAAAAACAACGUACAGGAGAGGUUUUUUUAGUUUAU